UCAUAUUGAAUCUUCAACUAAUUAUACUAAAUGUUCAACUAAUUGCAUUGAACCUUCAAUUAGUUAUAUUGAAUCUUUAACUAGUUGUACUAAUCAAUCUCUACUUUCAAAAAAGUGUUAUACAAGAAAUUCAGUUCAAUCAAUUCAACAAAAUAAAUUUAAAAAAAAAUAUAAAGUAGAGAUUGAAUAUUUGAAUGAUUCUGAAGAUUCUGAAGAUUUAAAUAAUUCUGAUAAUUCUGAUAACUUGGAGUCAA